GAAGAAAUGUGUGUGUGUGUGUGUGCGUGUGUGUUUGUGUGUGUGUCCGAUGGGCCGAGUUAAACAGUACCGUAGUGACACAACGUGCCCGAAGUUAAAGCUUCCCAGUUUCGCAUGUGUCGGGCAUUUUUACGACUCGCCGCGGCUGUAAUGACGACGGAGGAGCAGACGCGAGUGUGCAGCUACUCGUUCACGUGUCCCUCCGUCGCAAAGCAGCUGCGGCUCGUCUGAAGCGGCGACUUUUCAUCGUCCGAAGCGAGGAGACCGCACGGCGGCCGUGCGAGUCCGGAGCACGAGACAGCGGACCUUGUGUUCUCGGGACAGCGGACGGGAGAAUCGAGGUCCACGCUCCGGCGCUGGAAAACACGACGACGCAGGUGCUAUCACUGCCUCUCUGCCUGGAAGGCAGGCAAGGAAGGUGCCAUGCUUUGGGCUCUUGAGGUGAUGCAUUGACCAUGCAUUGACGGCUGUUGCCUAUGGCUGCCACAGCCGUGAACCAUGCCGAGCCAACUGCAGAGCCGGCUUCCUCUGCAGCUUCGGCCACGGCAGUGUGUGCGCAGAACGGUGGCGGUGAGCCCCCACUGGACGUGGUGGACAUCUUUGUGGAUGGUUCCAGCGAGGCAUCGCUGCGAGAAGGUGCACUACGAGUGCUCCAGCACGUGCGCCCUUGCUGGGACCUGACUUCUGUUCGAUUCAAGACGUUCACAGAUGGCAUCACGAACCAGCUGGUUGGCUGCUGGCAAGGCGGAGAAGAGCUUGGCGAGGGAGCGCUGCUGAUGCGUAUCUACGGCCAAAAGACAGAGCUCUUCAUCGACAGGUCGGCCGAGGUGCUCAACAUGCGCCUGCUGCAUGCGCAUGGCCUUGCGGCACCCCUGCACUGUGCCUUCCGCAAUGGCCUCUGCUACGGGUUCAACCCUGGACGGGUGGGCGACACGCAGCUUGUUAGAGACCCGCACAUCUCCAGGCUGAUAGCACAGACGCUAGCACGCAUGCACUCUGUGAAGCUACGCAAAGGAGGACAGGUGGCGCCCUCUCUUUUCCCCACUCUGCACAAGUACCUCCGCCUGGUGCCCACACGUUUUGAUGACAUUGAGAAGAACCUCAGGUUUGUGUCGUGCAUCCCAAGCAGAGCAGAGCUGGAGCUGGAGGUGUCGCUACUGGAGGAGCACCUGUCGGGCUUGGGCUCACCUGUUGUGUUUUGCCACAAUGACCUGCUCGUCAAGAACAUCAUCUACCAGGAGAAACAAGACAGAGUGAUCUUCAUUGACUUCGAAUAUGCUGACAACAACUACCAGGCAUUAGAUAUUGGAAACCACUUUUGUGAAUUUGGAGGUGUGGAGCAUUUCGACAGCUCCCUCUAUCCAGAUCGCAAGUUCCAGCUCGAUUGGCUGCAGCACUACCUGGAUGAGUGGCACAGGCUGGCAGGCCGUGGUGAGAGCGCCUCCACCCACGAUGUUGAGGUCCUCUACGUCCAAGUGAAUAAGUUUGCCCUGGCCUCAUGCAUGCUCUGGUGCCUGUGGGCGCUCAUUCAGUCUGCGCAUUCCACCAUCAAGUUUGACUUCCUCCAGUUUGCCAUGGAGCGGCUUGACAUGUACAAGAGGCAUAAGGCCGAGUUCUUGGACAUGACUUUGCCACCCUCCUAGGAGUGGCCACCCAGGCGGAAGUGCCCGCUGCCACCGAUGGAAUUCACCCGCCACGCGACCUCCGGACCUACCUCGGCUACCGCAGGGAACGAGCACGAUCCAGUCUUGUUUGUGGCCGGCCGCCGUGCACCGCUGCUCGUCGAGGGUGCCUUCGCUCGGGGCUCGUGCAUGUUUGAACAGUUCAUUCACUGCGGAGGCAUUGUGUGUUUCCUUCAGUCUGCAAUGAUGAGCAAAGAGUGUAUCAGAUAUUUUUGCUACAUCUCAUUUGUAUUUUAAGUUUUCUCGCGUGAGUUGUCUUUCUUCAGACUGGCUUUUUCCAGUGCCUUACGCAAGCCACGUGUCGCGUGUCUUGCUACCGGCUACGAGUACUUGUUUUAUGAUAGAGACAUGUGGUGAAGCCAUAUAACUCUUCAACCAAAUGUCGUGGCCUUCCACACUUUUGCGUGUUUGUUGCAGCUUUGUGAGUUUGUAGAGGCUGAUACCUCCUUUUCUUUGCACUUGAGCCAUUUUUGGCAGCCAGGCUGUCAGACUUACAGAAAAAAAUUGGACAGUCGACUUGUACUGCUGGGAGUCAGUCAUUUACUUUACUCGUGAUCGGUGCAGCACGGUAAGAUGCUAGUCAGAGCUGUAGUUGUCUUUGAAUAGUCCUUCCGUGCAAUUAAAAGGAAAAAAGAAGCUUGGCAGUUUGACCUGUGCUAACUACUGCAGCAAAAACAAACAAAAUAUAAAGAUGUUGUGUUGUUUGAGAUCUCACAUUGAAGCAGUGUCUCUGCCAGCUGGUUAGUCAAGCUAAUGAGUCAGUGCGUGGGGAUUUGAAGACUCUUUUGGAGAAUUUUCUGUCAUGAGCAUGAAAACCAAAGUUAAUUCUUGACCCCCCCCCCCGAAAUUUGUAGUUACCUAUCUUAGAGGUGGCAAUGUCAGCUAACCAAAUAAAGUGGGGGAAAAAAGAUGUCUCUGUAAGAGAUAUCUUUGGAGCUAGCCAAAUUACCUGGGGGAAAAAAAUUGUCUUGAAUGUCAUAUGUCAAAGAUUAGGCUAUAUUCUUUUCUCACCCGUACUUCAGCAUAAAUUUAAAAGGCAAUGAGCUGGCAGUUUCAGGAACUGGUCAGUCACUGGGCAGUUGAGCUGUUAGACAUAUGUAAAUCUCUAUGGCCAUAUGCGAAGCCAUAUGUGCAGAGACAGCUAUUAUUGAUAACUGUGAUUUCCAGAGAUUUCUGUUUACGAAUGUUGUUUGGUGAGAAUAAUGUUACUGUGACCAAAGUCGUAAAACUGUACCUAUGCUACAUCACAUCAUAUAUUCAGCAAUAUGAGUUGCAUCAAAAUCUCAGGAGGCCGUCUUUUUUUUCCUUUUCUCCAAGAAAUGAUAGAAAUACUACCUCUGCUUAUUUCAGAAAAGCUAUGUACCACAUAUUUUGGUGUACGAGAGUCGUCCAAACAAUCUAUAACUUUUUUUUUUGUUAUGCAGCAAGUUGGAUGUUGGUGCGUCUUGAAUAAACAUCGAUGAGCACGUCCCGGGUACUACCGACAGAAAACUGCUUAGAUUGUAUGACUGUGUUACUUUGUGUUUACACAUGGUAAUAUGCACGGUGAUCAUGCUUUCUUUUUCUUUGCUUGGCUGAGACGGCCAAGUUUGAGGAGGAGCAAAUUUGUUAGGAAUUUAGUUCAAAUCUUUAAAGCUACAUUAUGGAGAUGCAUUAGUGUUAAAAACGCCACUCGCGCAUUUAUCUUAAGGGAAGACGGGAAUGAGAAAAUGCAGCAAACACCAACACAGGAAUCCCAUAUUUCCAUUAAAGGCAAAGCGCUUCAAGGAAGAUUGUCGAGGUGUUUAUCUAUCAGCUCUGUAAAUAUCACUGGGCGCAAACUUUUUCUAGAAGUCAGCAUGAAAUCCAGCUGGAGCUGAUGAAAGUUCCCAUAGCAGUGAAGCACUGUCCUCACUCAAUGCAGUUCGGCAGUACUUGUGUGAAAGGAAAUGGAUUUUUCUAAUUUCUAGAUCAGUGCGAACAGUUUAUAAUUUUAAGUUUACAAGCUUUCUGGACAGACCUCGUAUAUAUUUCAGAACAUUUAAAAAGAAAAGGAAGUUGGAAUAAAAUAAAAUAAGCAUCUUACAACUGUAUAACAAAACAUAAUGCUGGCAGGUAUUUUCGCAGAACUACAGAAAAGAAAAAGAAACUAAUAAAACUAUAAAGGAAUAUUACACUGCCAGGUGUUGUUGCAGACCCACAAGAAUAAAAAACAAGAAAUGAACUAGCUACGCCAAACUACACUAAACUGUGACUGCAGGAAAAAGUGAAAAAGCUUGCCUUAAACAUUUGCACAAAUAUUGGGAGUGUGCAUGAGCUAUAUCUUUUUGUUGCCAAACUACUUCCUAAGACGCAGUUUAGCUUCUAUAGCAUGCACGUGCCGUUUGUGCAGUUUCAGGUUGCCUGCAGUAUGUUAUCGGAAGCAUUGCAAUGACAACUCAGGGUGAACACGCAUGCUGUCGAUGCACGUCGAUUGACGUAGCAGUGGUACCAGACGCGGCAGACCAACCCUGUGGGCGAGAAAAACUUCCUUUAUUCGUCAUUUUGACGUUUGCAUCAUUGUUGGACGCAUUCGCUGGGUGGUUAGGAGAAAUUGUCGUGGUACCGAACAUUCAGCACUGCUACAGUACAUGUUGGUGGGCAUUUUGUGGGGCAGAAAAGUACCAGCAGAAGCCGCCAAUUGAAGAUACAGCUUUGUGCACCAAUCACGCAGUUCUUUGAAGCAGAAGCAUCUUCAUCGCACAAUGCCUUGCACAUCCAAAGCCGUGAUAUGCGCACUGCCUUGUCCGUGUUGUCUGGACUUUGGAUGCACGAAGUGAUGAAAAGAACGUAGAACAAAAGCGAAAACCGCGUUGUAAAGGUGACUAUUUCUGUGUACUUUUGUAACAUUUAGAAGUUGUGUGUUGUUGUGUGUAGACCGUGUGCAGUGUUUUCACAAGAAAGACACAAUUUAGGUUUUGAUCUCUGCGUGUGAUACAGACUCAAGGAUGUGGAUCCUGUCACAACUUGGCACCACUGCCAGUAGAUGAGCUUGUGUCGGUGACUGCAGUUUGUGUUUUGCUCUUCGACAGUUGCACUUUUCUUUUAAUCGGAGCUAUCGAGCUUGGCUGAUGAGUGGCUAAUGAGAACAUUAUCAUGUUCAGUGUGUGUCACUGUAACGUAAAGACUUUGCGUCUGGAGUCAAUGUGGUUUCCUGAUGAGUUUCUUGAUGAUUAGCUUCUGGUGGCUGCAUUGGCCUUCUUUUAAAAUAUCAGUUGUAGUUGUUGUAUUGAUCAUUCUUGUUGUUAUAUUGUUCCUUUUAUAGAAUUUGUUAUGGAAAUGUCUUUUCUCGAUUCAUUUUCUUUUCAUUACCACUGCUGAGCAUAACAGGCUAUUGCAGUUGUCUUUGGGGGGAAAACUGCGAAUUUGUAGAUUAUGGCAACAGUGUGUUUAUAGUUUAAUAAACUAGUUUAAUAAUAUAGUUUAAUAAAAAUAGUUUAAUUCUUAGCUGUUAGAAGUUCUUUUUUUUUCAUCUUUUGUAUUUUGCUGAAAUGACAAACUGUUUGCUAUUGGUUUGGUUCUGUGCUCUAGUUGCUGGAAACACAAGAGUGCAUGUAAAAGGGUGGGACAAGCAGUGUGUGAUUUAUACAUUCCUUUACAUUGAAUAUUUGAUUGUGCGGCCCUCAUUGUCCCUGCACUUCAGAGCCUGUUCUGAAUUGACUUAGAAACAAGUUUGCAGUAAAAACUAUUUUGUUAAAUGAA